CUUGUGUAUAAUCUACGCCAGUCUCCUUCGGAUCGCUAGCUUGUCGUGACGUUAUUGUGCGCGGGAGUUUCAAAAAAAUCAUUAAAUCGUUUUUUUUCCUGAUAUAAAACAACAAGAUGAAGACUCUCCGGCUGGUUUGCUUUCUGAUGCUGCUCUGCUAUGUCGUGGCGAAGAAGAAAACCGAAGACCAUAAGGUCAAAAUAGCGGUCUAUUACGAAUCCCUUUGUCCUGACAGCAAGAAGUUUAUAACGACGCAACUGGCUCCCGUCUGGAGGGACUUCAGAGGACUUGUCAAAGUCAAAAUGGUCCCGUAUGGGAAGAGCACGCACGACAAGGUGGAUGGGAAAUGGUCAUUCAUCUGCCACCACGGCGCUGACGAGUGCUACGGCAACAAGGUGCAAGCCUGCGUCCUGAAGGACCGCAACCUCCAGGACACGGAGAAGAUGGAGAUUGUAAUAUGCCUCAUGAACCAGACCAGCCCCGACAAGUCUUUGGACACGUGCUUAACUCAAGUGGACAAGAUGUCGGAGUCGGGUAAACUGAAAAGAUGCGCAUCCAGUGAACAAGGAGACAAUCUGCUCGCGUCGUACGGUGAUAAAACGGAUGCUGUGAUGAGACCUCUCGCGUUCGUGCCCACCGUUAUUAUUAACGAGAAAUACGACAAAGAUGUCGAAACUCAAGCCUUCGAGAACUUGAAGGCGGUUGUGUGCCGCGUUGCGACCCCGCAGCCCUCGAUCUGCUCGUAAAAUGAAUAGCAUUAAGGCUGAUUUUACACAUUCAACAUUUCUUCACGUACAAAACAAAACAGUACUACGCAGAGAUUUUGUAUCAACAUAUCAAUAAAAUAUAUAAUUUUCUAA